CAGGUCGAGUCGACGCAGACUGGUCGCCGGUCAGACGCGGAGGGUGUUUAGCGGCAAAUGAAACGCGUUCGUGCUGUCGUUGUUUUCUCCGGUGCUCAUUCAAAAGUUUCCCCUUCAGUUGUCGGUGCUUUUAGGCCUUUGUAGUCGUCGCCUCCCCCCGAGUAUGUUGCCGCUUUCUCACAUCUUACCCCGGCUGUCGGAGCGCGUAGUCUACCCGCUGCGGUUCGGUGUUUUCCUCGACGUUGUUUACCGGUCAUAACUCCACGUUAACCGUCUGAUUCUCAACACACACACACACACACACAGCAGUCAUGCACACGAGGCGUCUGGUGAAGCGGUCGAUCCUCGGCAGCCGUGUGUACGCGCCGAGUCCGACGGGGGACGGAGCCCCGGUGACAGGAGUGGUGCAGGCUGUCAAGCAGGAAAACAGAGACGUGUCGGCCGCGGGGACCCGGUGCAGCGUCUACACGGUGCUCAUGCAGGACGGGAGCCUGAAGGAGUUCACCGAGGAGGAGAUAGCCGCGGGGAUCAACCACAUCACGGCCAAGGGACCGCUCAAGUCCAGCUUGAAGCAGAGCUCCAGUAACGGAGCUCCGGAGUGCCAUAAGGUGGAGGGCGGCUCCCUCAGCCCAGAGGCGUUGGAGGAGCAGCGCUUUUCUGAUGGCAAGCGUGUCGGCCGGGACCACGACACCCGAUCAGUGUCCCUGCUAGAGCAGAAACGCAAAGUGGUCUCCUCCAGCAUCGACGUCCCUCAUGCCAGACGGUCAGAGGAGGAAGUGGACAUGGACAAGGUGACAGCUGCCAUGGUGCUGACAAGUCUCUCCACCAGCCCGCUGGUGAGGAGUCCACCUGUCAAAGUCAACGAAGGCCUGAGCGGUUCGUGGAAGGACAACGGCUCGGCCGGCCCCUUCACCCCGUCCAGCAACAGCUCAUCGGGAGGCUACUGGAGCUGGUCUGCCCCCAGUGACCAGUCCAACCCUUCUACACCUUCUCCACCGCUCUCCGCCGACAGCUUCAAACCCUUCCGUGUGCCCAGUCUGGGCGGCGUGGGAUCCGGCCCCGCAGGGCCUGAGGACCCCAGCCUGGAUGAACAGGACGGCAGCAGCCUGCUCUUUGAUGAGCCCAUCCCUCGCAAGCGCAAGAACUCCAUGAAGGUGAUGUUCAAGUGCCUGUGGAAGAACUGUGGCAAGGUGCUGAGCACCGCUGCUGGCAUCCAGAGACACAUCCGCACCAUCCACCUGGGGCGUAACUGUGACUCGGACUGCAGCGACGGCGAGGAGGACUUCUACUACACGGAGAUCAAGCUCAACACGGACUCGGUGGCCGACGGGCUGAGCAGCCUGUCCCCUUCGUCCCCGUCCGUCCUCUCUCCGCCUCCUCCUCCUCCCCCCUCUCCUCACCCGCUUCUCAGCCAGCUGUCGGACCCCCACAGGCCUCCGCAGUCCUCAGACGCCAAGGAGCAUCACGCCGGCGGCACCACCCCGCUCAGCCGCUCCGCGCCCAGCGCUCUCUACCUCAUCCACACGGACCACGCCUACCAGGCCACGGCUCCAGUGUCCAUCCCGUCCAGCAACAUUAACUCCAACGGCUCAGCCUCCACCAGCUUCACCCCAACCAACAGCUCCAGCUUUAGCAUCUCCUGGCAGUCCCCACCCGUCACAUUCACCGGGACAACGGUGUCCCCCAGUAACAGCCAGGGCUUCGGCGAUCAGCGCUCCCAGACCAUCGCCGUCCUCUCGUCUCCUCCCAGAGCCACCACUGCCCUCAGUAGGAAGGUGCGCGGUGAAGGGAAAAAAUGCCGCAAGGUGUACGGGAUGGAGAACCGCGACAUGUGGUGCACCGCCUGCCGCUGGAAAAAGGCCUGCCAGAGAUUUACCGACUGAACGUUCCCCACCAAACUUCCCAGUGUGCCACACCAACGGGCACUGCUGCCUUUCUCCAGAUAAGAGGGGGAGGGGCUUCAUUUUGCAUGCAUUUGGUUUUUCUUCAGCUCAAAAUCGCAACUGUCCGUCAUCUCCUGGCUCCGCCCAAUGCCCCCCCCCCAGCUCCACUGAACUCCAGCAGUGGAAGGAACCAAAGGACAGCAGAGUCACUUUUACAUUGCCAUCCAGGAUUCCCAGCACUGCCUCGGCAUUCCCACCAUUCCCAGUUUUGGGGAAACUCCAGUGCAGCUAAAUAGUGUAAAGAGAAAGUAGAUCUAAAGAUUUCUCCG